GGGCGUAAGUGGGCUAAGUCACACUGCUGCUGACCCAAAAUUAAAAAAUAUACGGUUGCUACAAUCACAAUAAACAGUUGAAAAUAAACUUGAAUUAAAUGACCACAUCCACAUGUCACUGCCGCGCAUCACGGACUAUGAUAUUCUCGAGAAACUUGGAGUGGGCAGCUAUGCAUCCGUCUACAAAGCGCGCCACAAAAAGCAGCGAACUUAUCAUGCCAUCAAAUAUGUGGAAAUGUCAACGUUAUCGCAAACCUCACGAGAGAAUCUAAUAACGGAAAUACGCCUCCUCAGGGACCUCAAACACAAGUACAUUGUUACGUUGCAGGAUUUCUUCUGGGACGAUAAAAACAUUUAUAUUGUGCUGGAGUACUGCAAUGCCGGCAACCUCUCUGCUUUUAUUCGCACCAAGAAGGCCCUGCCGGAGACCACCUGCCGCUAUUUUCUACGCCAGUUGGCCGCCGCCGUGCAGUAUAUGCGGGCCAACGAUGUGUCCCACUUUGACCUGAAGCCCCAGAACCUUCUCCUCACACGAGGAGCCAAUAAUGUCUCUCUUAAAGUAGCUGACUUUGGAUUUGCCCAGCACUUGAAGCUGGGCGAGAUCAAUCAGCAGUUGAAGGGAUCACCGCUGUAUAUGGCCCCGGAGAUUGUGCGCAAGCACCAGUACGAUGUCAAGGCGGAUCUCUGGAGCAUUGGUGUGAUCCUGUACGAGUGCCUGUUCGGCAAGGCGCCUUAUAGCUCGCGGACCAUUGAGGAGCUUCUGUUGAAGAUACGCACUGCCGAACCCAUUACACUGCCACCAAAUGCUCGCAUCAGCAACGAGUGUCACGAUCUCUUGCGCCGCCUGCUGUCCCACGAACCAAUGGCACGCAUUUCUUUUGCGGAUUUCUUUGCGCAUCCGUUUCUAGAUCUCAAGACGUUUCCCACGGAGCACACGCUGCAGAAGGCCAUCGAUCUGGUCACGCAGGCGUGUGAAUACGAUGAGAAGCACAACUACAAGGAGGCUUAUUAUCUAUACUGCAGCGCGCUGCAAUAUUUUGUGCCGCUGAUCACGGAGGAAUCGGAUGCCCCCAAGCGGCAGGCCCUGCGCAACCGAGCUCUGACCUACAUGAAGCGCGCUGAGGAGAUCAAGAACUGUAUAAUCGAGGAUGAGUACAAACAGCUGGCACUGCGGCAACAAAAGGCUGCUGCUGCAGCUGCAGCCGAACAUUCCACAGAGACUCUCCAAACCGCAGAGCCACAGCCUAGUGGGUCGACUGUGGCGGAGAUGCUAGAGCCAGAUGCACGAUACAAGCAGCUAUUUGCCUUGUCGAACUCUAGUCCGUCCCUGAAAACAGGACUAGAAAUCGGACGCAAGGGAGAGCUGUAUCUGUAUGAGCGGAAGCUGGAAGCAGCUCUGGAGUCGUAUACCUCAGCGCUGGGCAUUCUGGUGCCUUUCGUGAACAAUGAACCAAAGGGGGAACGUCGCAAUCUAUUAUUGCAACAGUUGGAGUUUUGGAUGAAGGAGGCGGAGAGCAUUAAGAGUAUAUUGAGCGCCAAGAACUUGGACGAAGAGGAACAGAAGCUGUCCACGCGCACCAUCAUCAGAACCAACACAUUCCUCGGAUGGUCGAAUCCUCCAAAGCUAUACCUACUUUUAUUCAUUGUUCUUAAUUUGAUUAAAAUCGUUUAAUUGAUAACCGCA